GGGAUCAGAGAAACACAUGAGAAGAGCGGAUAUCCACUGCUGACACCACCUACAACCCAGAGAAAUCCUCGGUAGCCUCCACCUUACUGUGGCCUGCCUUGCGUGGGAUGCUGGAGAGAGUGGGAGAGCAGGAGAGGAGAUUUGGUGCCACUUUGGUGCAACAGUAAGAGGUGUGGCAUAGUCAGUCAUGGGGGAUUCAAUCUUCACCUGCUGUUAUGUUCCACCCAAUCCCCCAGGCGAGGGGGAGCCCGCGAGGUCCAGACGCUCAGAGAUCAUGGCCUCCCAGUCCACUCACAUCCCCUCCGACAAGCGCUUCCUCAUCUUCUUUGACUUCGACGAGACCAUCGUGGACGAGACCAGCGACGACAUGGUGGUGCAGGCCGCUCCGGGUCAACACCUCCCGGGCUGGCUGAAGGACACCUACCAGCCCGGCCGCUACAACGAGUACAUGCAGCGGGUGCUGGCCUACCUGGCGGAGCAGGGCGUCACCGAGAGCGACAUGCGCAACGUGAUGGAGAAGCUCCCGGCCACCCCCGGCAUGAUCACCCUCUUCCAGUUCCUCCGCACCCGGCCCCAGUGGGACUUUGAGGUGGUGCUGUUGUCCGACGCCAACACCUUCUUCAUCGAGUCCUGGCUCCGGCGCGCAGGGGCCCGCCAGCUCUUCCACCGGAUCUUCACCAACCCAGCCACCUUCAACAAGGACGGCCGGCUGGUGAUGAAGCCCUUCCACUCCCACGACUGCCCGCGGUGCCCCGACAACAUGUGCAAGCAGGUGGUGGUCAGGGACUAUGUGGCCCGCAGGACGCAGGAGAGGGGCCGUCCCUACCAGAGGGUCUUCUACGUUGGGGACGGAGCCAACGACUUCUGCCCGGCGCUCUCCCUCGGACCCCGGGACGUGGCUUUCCCGCGGCGGGACUUCCCCAUGCACCGACUGAUCACGGAGACCCACGAAGCCAUGCCCGGGGAGUUCAAGGCGGUCACGGUCCCGUGGGUGAGCGCGGAGGACGUGGUGCAGCGGCUGAGGAAGCUGGUGGCAGAGUAGAGGGGUCACACACUAACAGAGAGACAGAUGUGUGUGUGGGGGGGGCAAAGGAGAUCAUUAACGGGCCAGUUGACACUUGUAGUCAUAUUCUCAGGUAAAAUAGUCCCAGAAAGUAAAGUUCAAGGCAAUAAAAUCAUCUGUACUGUCAGUGAAGUGAGUCUAUCUUUAACAUCAGCAGGGUAAUGAUUAUGGAGACCUGCCACCCAAAGGCAGGAAAUCAAUGACAAAUCCGAUGCUUUGUUUAAUAAAAAAAGAUUAGUAAGCAUAUAACUUUGCAGUUUGAGGGUAUUUACAUAAUAAAUUCCCCUCGAUGGGACUGUGUGUGUUGCUUUUAAGUGUUAAACCGGGUCAACUGGGGAAUCUGUGUGAAUGCUGUUAUGGACAAUUAUGUCAACCAGGUUGCGCUCAAAUAACAAAUAUAAGUGUGUUUUCUUACAAACUGCACUUUUUAUUGAAUAUUAAAUAUUAAAUUAUAGACUCAUAAACAGUUCUGUGUACUCCUAACUAUAUUUGUUCAGCUUUGUUAUGUCUGUUCUUGUAUACAUACAUUGAAAGCAAUAUAAAACCUGAAGUACAAUCCUUUGUAUGUGUACGUAUUUGGCCAAUAAAGCUGAUUCUGAUUCAAUAAAUGAACACAGUACACUGCCAUGUGGUGGAAAUGGGCAUUUCAACAGAUUAUUUUUAUCAAUUUCUCAGAGAAUAUAUGUCUGAUUUUGAAAUGUAUGACUAAGUUGUAAGAGUGUGUUUGUUUGUUGGACUUGUUUAUCGGUCUGUUGUGUCUUUACUGUGUAGGCCAGGCCUACUGAAGGAAAUAUUAAACACCAGCAGGAAUAA